CCGCCCACUGCCAGCUUUCUGUCAAAGUUGAGGGGGAACAUCAAAUUCAAGAUGCUGGCACUCAUAAACCGGCUUUUGGACUGGUUUAAGUCCCUCUUUUGGAAAGAGGAGAUGGAGUUGACCCUGGUUGGACUUCAAUACUCGGGGAAAACCACAUUUGUUAAUGUGAUAGCUUCUGGGCAAUUUAGUGAAGACAUGAUCCCAACAGUCGGAUUCAACAUGAGGAAGGUCACAAAAGGCAACGUUACCAUCAAGAUCUGGGAUAUAGGAGGACAGCCGAGGUUCAGGAGCAUGUGGGAACGCUACUGUCGUGGAGUUAACGCAAUUGUAUAUAUGGUGGACGCAGCAGACCAUGAGAAGGUGGAAGCUUCCAGAAAUGAGCUGCACAAUUUGUUAGACAAGCCUCCGUUGCAAGGAAUUCCUGUUUUGGUGCUUGGCAACAAAAGAGAUCUCCCCAGUGCUCUAGACGAGAAGCAGCUCAUUGAAAAACUGGUUCAGCCAGGAGUUGAUGGACAGUCGGAAGAGCGAAUUAAAUGGAACUUGGCAGCUAUUCAAGACAGAGAGAUUUGCUGCUACUCUGUUUCCUGCAAAGAGAAAGACAACAUAGUUAUCACACUGCAGUGGCUCAUCCAACACUCAAAAUCUCGGAGAAGCUGAAAGUACAGGAACUGUGCCCUCCCAGCUCCAUCUGCCAUGUUACCCUCAUGCCACAUCCUGCUCACUCUGAUGUAUAGUUGUCCUUCCAACUCAGUUGCUGCACUGUGCCGCUUGUGCCCCCCUGUUGUUAUUAUCUCCCACAACCCCUCGUACUACUGCACUACUAAAAUAUGGUACCCUCUGAUCUAUACCAUAUUCCACGUCCCAUGAGUCACAGAAUCGGCAUUACACCUCCGCCACGGGGGGCUACUUCAGUCUCCUGAACAGAGAGAGAUUCAGUCUGCCUUCUGCAUUCUACGGGCUACAUGACAGACGUUUCCCAGGUCUGUAAGCCCAAUAGCCCAACCCUAUAAAACUAGUGCAGGGUAUGCUAUUGGGUCAUCCUAGACUCACAGGAUGGGUUGUUCAGCAACUCACUGUGGCCUCUAAUCAUGAUACAUGUUCUCCAGACAGUCAUGUAUGAAGCUAGAAGAAAGUACAUAGACAUAUGUUUAUAUACAUCAUUAGGACUUCCAGGUUCCCCUCAUGUUUCUGUCAUGUUCUACUGUAAGAUUGUAACUGUUUUAUGGCUAUUGCCAAAUCAAAAUGUUUGUUUUGAGGACAUUUCUAAUAUUAUAUAUAAGAUUUUUACUGACGUGAGCGUAUAUGAUUAUAUUUGAAAAGUUUGAAUGUACUGAAGGUAAAGCUAUAGUGGGUUGGUUGUGUGGUUAUCAGCCUUGUUUUGAAUUUGCCUCAGUGGAACGAUGUCCUCUGUGCUCUCAAUGAGCUGAGAGAGAGUGGCGGAAUUGAAAGUGCCUUGUGCAAUAUCUCUCAUCUCUGAAGCAAAGCAGCAUGCAAAGUGUGCCUAUCUUAGCAAUAAAAAAAAGGCAUGCUUAUUAAUUUAGACAUUGUACUGUUUUGUGUUCGCACUCAAAUUGGGAUAUUUGCCGUGGCACACUUUUGAAAAUGAUAAAUAUUAAUGGCGUCAAUUAUUAUUAUUUUGUAAAUAUGUUUAAUCUGGGUGGAUAAGAAGGGUGAGCUGUGCUUAAAGAGUAAGUUUGUAAUAAAAAUUAAGGAAAACAUUUGA